AUGCGAACCUCAUCUUUAAGAUCUCUAAGAUCUUUAUGUGUGAAAUGUGUUUCAGGCAGCGGCCCCUGGGAGGACGUGCUCUUCCACAUCGGCGUCGUCAGGUUCAGUCAGGUGGGAGCUGCAGAUGUGGUCCGGUACUUGGCUCCAGACCUGGGUCUGUUGGUUUCGUCGCUCUUCGUCCUGAGACUUCUCAAAAAGUUGCUGCGUCCGGUUCCUAUGAGUCUCCAUGACAACGGCAUCACUCAUCCACAGGAGACAUCGGACACAGAGUCAGAGGACACAGAGUCGGAGGACAGUGAGUCUGAGGACAGCUCUGAGGACACGGCCCCCCCACAGAGCGGACCCCCACAGUUUGUGCAGAAGUUCCUGGUCUUUGCAGCUGGACUGAGGCUGCUGCUGUCGACUGUCAUGAACACAGCAGGGAAGGUGGUGGUGACCGUCCUGCUGGGACUCACAGGCAUCGUCCUCCCGUCCCUCACCUCCAGCUGGUACUUCUGCUGGUUCCUUUUGCUGGUUUGGUUGUGGAUCUUCAGUCGCCCUCUCAGUCUGCUCCUCUUCACUUCUCUCUGUGUCAUGAUGUCCAUCUUCAGCGGGUUCCACCUCCUGCUGCUGUAUCUGUACCAGCUGCCCCUCCCCCAGAAGGUGGUCCCCCCCCAGGACCUGUACGCCAGGUUGUUUGGGAUGACAGGAGUGAUCCGCACAGACCCCCUCAGACCCUACAGCCUGAAGUUGCAUGCAGAGGUCUGCUGGCCUGACUUCAUCAACCCCCUGGUGGUUCUUCUGCUGUACUACACCCUGGUGGCUCUGCUGCACAAGUGGGUCCACGUCCCCACAGAGGAUCUGGAUGAAGCGGCAGAAGAGAGUCCAGUGGAGAGCCCUGACCUCCCGCCCAGUUUCUCCAGAGUCAUCUACAUCACAGGAGACCAACAGGAGUACCACCCCGGGCCUGUGGGGGUGGACCCUGACAUGCUGCAGUACCACCCCGGGCCUGUGGGGGUGGACCCUGACAUGCUGCAGUACCACCCCGGGCCUGUGGGGGUGGACCCUGACAUGCUGCAGUACCACCCCGGGCCUGUGGGGGUGGACCCUGACAUGCUGCAGUACCACCCCGGGCCUGUGGGGGUGGACCCUGACAUGCUGCAGUACCACCCCGGGCCUGUGGGGGUGGACCCUGACAUGCUGCAGUACCACCCCGGGCCUGUGGGGGUGGACCCUGACAUGCUGCAGUACCACCCCGGGCCUGUGGGGGUGGACCCUGACAUGCUGCAGUACCACCCCGGGCCUGUGGGGGUGGACUCUGACAUGCUGCAGUACCACCCCGGGCCUGUGGGGGUGGACCCUGACAUGCUGCAGUACCACCCCGGGCCUGUGGGGGUGGACCCGGAAUAA